AUGUCUAAGCAUGGAAAUGUGGAAUCAGAACCAGUUCCUGAUUCUCGUCGACACAUGAACUCCUCAAUCGGUAGCUCCCAAUCUGCCUCUCGUAGCGAAGAUGAGUAUAAGCUGAUUGAUGAGACUUUCAGUUCCACUGAAAGGUCUGAUUGUUCUGUUGUAGAUAAUGAAACAUUCUUAAAGGAUGAAGAUAUGAGACAAAAUGGUCGUUAUACAAAACAUUAUGGUAAUUUCUACCAGCCUACUGUAUAUCAUUCAAUGGCGCGUCGCCAGCUGAAGAAUCCAAAUGAUGAUUCAUUAUCAGAUCACGAUGACAGGAUUUCUGGAAGCCAUAAGGAGGAUAUUGAUUAUCGACGACCGCCAGCACAAUGGUCGAGUGGACAUCAUCGUCCUUCGCUGCUCGGAAACUAUGUGGAUCCUUCGACACCUAGUUGUUCAGAAACUCAACCGAAAUAUUCAUUCUAUCGACCAAAAAGAUCAUAUUCUAAUCUACCCAAAACCAGUCAUAAAGCAGUAUAUUCUCCACGUUCUUCAUCUAGCAUACCUGAUGAAGAUAGAAUAUUCUCACCACGUGCUAGGGAUGCAGGGUCUUCAUUCAUUCCUUCUCAUCAAAUCUCUCCAGAGAAUUGUCCUGAGACUCCAUCACGUUUUCGUAAUAAAUCUAGAGAUCAACCUUUAUUGGGAAAUCCUAACUUACCCCUUAUCCCUCAUGUAAAUUCUAAUACCCCGAACAUACCUGGUCCUGGUCUUCUUCCCAUGACUGCUGGAUACAAUGUGCAACCUCUAUAUGUUGUUCCCUCUGUAAACUUGUGGUCCUUAACGCAUAAUUUCUAUUCACAAACUGUAAAUCUCUUCAGUCAACCAGAAAAACCUUGGCAGUAA